AAGUCGUGAUUGUAAUCACUGCACCGAUAUAGCUCUGCCAUCACGCCUUAAGCCAGACAUAUAAGUUAACCACGUGUUAAAAAUAAACCGGAUUGUUUGUGUUAUCUUUAACACAUGAAUAUUUAUUUCAUGGCGUACGUUGUGAUUGAAAUUUAAACAACACAGGUGUGUUUUGGGAAAUUUGAAUGAAAUUUGUGAAAAAGGAGAUCAUUUAAAUAUUAUCGACGUAAUUAAUCAACGAUAUGUAUCGAUAACAUAACUCGGGGAAAAAUCAAAACAGCAAAAUGAACACGACUAAAAGAGUUCCAGAUGAUGGGUGUUAUGGUGAGGACAUCGACGAUCCAAUCGUAGAACUUCUUCCAUUAACUGCGGGAUACGACAUUUCACCUGACAGCAUGCAAGAGGAAAAUACCAAACAAAAUGGCGUUGGUUUGGACAAAUUGGAAGAAGCCUAUUUAGAGCGACCAGAAAGUGAAAGAAGUUCAUCCUUAUCCGAUCCUGAUAUACGAUGUGGAUAUUUUACAUACUCCCCAGACUGGUUACAGUACUGGAACAAUCCUAAAUCAUUGUUAUUUUUCCUUUGUUGUCUUUCUAUGGUGCAAGGUUUUGUUGUAAAUGGUAUUAAUAAUGUUAACACUUCGACAAUCGAGAGAAGAUUUGAACUUCCAAGUUCAAGGGUUGGAACAAUUUCAAGUGCCUAUGACGUUUCAGCUGCCAUUUUGGGCAUUGUAAUAAGCUACUUCGGAUCUGGUAGAAACAAGCCCAGAUUGAUAGCAUGUGCAGCAAUUGUUAUGUCUAUUGGUUCUUUCAUGAUGGCGCUUCCACAUUUCACUACGGGGCCUUAUCAGUGGGGACAGAACUCCGCUGAAAAAUGCAAAGAUCCAUCCAUAGUACCACAGUGCACAACAAAUUCAGAUUUACAAAACUAUUUAUAUGUAUUUUUAUUGGGGCAAGCUUUACAUGGAGUAGGUGGUACCACAUUGUACAUAGUUGGGGUAGCUCUACUUGAUGAUAGUGUGCCUGCUAGUUCAUCGCCUAUGUAUGUAGGUGUAUUAUAUGCCUUUGCUACGUUAGGACCAGCAUUAGGAUAUAUAGUUGGUGGACAGUUUCUGAAUAUCUAUGUCGAUUAUCAUGUCGCUGAGAGUGAUGGAACUGGUUUGUCAGCAGACGAUCCACGAUGGGUUGGCGCUUGGUGGAUAGGAUUUAUCUGUUCCUUCCUGUUAUUUUUAGUAUUUUCUCUGCCAUUAUUUGGAUUUGGAAAGGAACUUCCAACGGCGAAACAUGUACGUGCAACAAGAGUGUCGCAGGUCCAUGGAGGAAAAGAUGACAAAGACUUAAUUCAUAAAGAUUCAAAUGACAGAACUUUACGUGAAUUCCCAAAAGCAAUGUGGGGAAUCAUAUCAAAUCCUACAUUUUUAUUAAUUACAUUAGCCGGAACCGGAGAGGGAUUAGCCACUUCCGGUUUUGCAACAUUUAUGCCAAAACUUAUUCAAAAUCAGUUUGGAAUUACAGCAUCAUGGGCAUCAAUGCUUGGAGGACUAAUGGCAGUACCUGGUGCAGCAGGAGGACAAUUCAUUGGUGGUUUAGUCUGUAAAAGAUGGAAAUUAAAAAUACAAGGGAUGUUGAGAUUGAACAUCAUAGUGUGUAUAGCAGCAAUGAUACUAGACACAGUGGUCUGGAUACGAUGUCCAGAAGACUCAGUAGCUGGGGUCAAUAUUCAGUAUAAUAUUUCAAAUAAUGAGAUGAUGCCGCAACUAGAACAUUCAUGUAACAGUAAUUGUUCAUGUUCUACAGAGUUCUAUGAACCAAUGUGUACAGAAGACAUGGUUCAGUAUUUUUCUCCUUGCUUUGCUGGGUGCAGCAAUGGCUUCAACAAUGGAGAGUCUUACACCAACUGUACCUGUAUGCAUCAUCGUAAUUCCGGUGUUCCAAAGACAAUGACAGCUACUGUCGGACGCUGUAAAUCAGAUUGUUACUUAUUGUAUAUUUUCCUACCUCUUUUGCUAUUUGCAAUCUUUUUCCGGUUUAUGCAGUCACCUCCUGCCUUAUCUGCAACUUUGAGGUGCAUUCAUGACAACCAAAGAACCUUUGCUUUGGGCAUUCAGUGGUUCAUAGCUCGUCUAUUAGGCACAGUUCCUGGGCCUAUAUUUUUCGGUGCAAUUAUAGACAGUACAUGCCUUGUGUGGCAGGAAAAUGAAUGUGGUGAUAAAAAAUCAUGUUAUAUUUAUGACAAUGCAUUGUUAAGCUCAUAUUUCUUCAUUAUACUUGUAUGUGUUAAAAUUUUCACAGCAUCAAUGUUUAUUUUAGCAUAUAAAAUUUAUAAGCCUCCAAGUGACAAAUGCAUAACUACAGUGAUUAAAAAGCCAGAUGAAUCUAAUGGCUUUGAUAGUAUUUGUUCCCCAGAACCAAAGUCAGAUAGUACGACCGUUGUAUAAUUGUUAUAGUAUAUUUUGUAAUAAAAUAGUUGUUUUAUAUUUUAAA